GACUGUGUACCAGUUCUAACCGGUCCCACACUUCGCAAUUUUAGAGAAACUGAAAAGCAUUCAGUCGUUGGAAGGAAGUUGCAGAGAAUAAAUAGUAAGGGUGCUCAAUUGACCUUACCACUGCCCUGAUGACCAUCCCAGGAAUCCAAACCCCACUUGGUACAGGUACUACUAAUGGAGGCAUUAGUAUGGCAACUGCUACUGAACAAGCUGGGAAACUGCUUGAUUUUGCCCAGAAGUUAGACAUCACACUGCUUGAUAAUGUUGUUGGAGUCAUGUAUGCGGGCGAAGGGGCCCAGCAACGUAUGGCACAAGAGGUGCUCACAACUCUAAAGGAACAUCCAGAUGCAUGGACCAGGGUUGAUACCAUUCUUGAGUUCUCGACUGAUCCACAGACCAAAUAUUAUGCCUUACAAAUCCUCGAAAAUGUCAUCAAGACCAGGUGGAAAAUUCUACCAAAAGAGCAAAGAGAAGGCAUCAAGAAAUACAUUGUUGGUCUGAUCAUCAAGACCUCAUCAGAUGCCGAAACUGUUGAAAAACAGAAAGUUUACUUGGGGAAGCUGAAUGUGACGCUUGUGCAGAUCUUGAAGAAAGAAUGGCCCAAGGAUUGGCCAACAUUCAUCAGCGACAUUGUUGGGGCGAGCAAGACAAAUGAAUCCCUGUGCCAGAACAAUAUGGUGAUUUUGAAGCUGCUCAGUGAAGAAGUGUUUGAUUUCUCAAGUGGCCAGAUGACACAAGUCAAGGCAAAAUACCUGAAGGACAGCAUGUGUGGAGAGUUCUCACAGAUAUUUCAUCUAAGUCAGUUCGUUCUGGAUAAUUCACAGAAUGCCCCACUUGUUGGAGCGACCCUUGAGACACUCCUUCGCUUCCUCAACUGGAUCCCACUAGGUUACAUAUUUGAGACGAAACUGAUCUCAACUAUGAUUUAUAAGUUCCUCAAUGUCCCACUCUUCGGGAAUGUCUCUCUGAAGUGCUUGACAGAAAUAGGAGGCAUUCAAAGCACUCAGUAUGAUGAGCAGUUUGUUGACUUAUUCACACUAACCAUGCAGCAGCUGAAACAGAUGUUGCCAAUUACUACCAAUAUCAAAGACGCAUACCAACACGGGAGCAAUGACGAGCAGAAUUUUGUACAGAACUUGAGUCUUUUCCUUUGCAUAUUCCUCAAGGAACAUGGACAGCUUAUCGAAAAGAAACCAGAGUUACAUGAACAGCUUUUGGCAGCCUUGCAUUAUUUGAUCAUGAUCUCCGAAGUUGAAGAAACAGAGAUCUUCAAGAUCUGCCUCGAGUACUGGAACUCACUUGCCUCAGACUUGUACAGGGAAAGUCCAUUUAGUGGCACUUGCAUACUCUUGGGCAAAACCAACUCAGAGAUGCCUAUUCGCAGGCAGCUGUACAAUCCAGUACUUUCUAAGAUUCGUCGGGUGAUGAUAUCGAGGAUGGCCAAACCAGAGGAGGUGUUAGUCGUGGAGAAUGAGCAGGGAGAAGUUGUCAGGGAAUUCAUGAAGGACACAGACUCUAUCAACAUGUACAAAAACAUGAGGGAGACAUUGGUCUACUUGACCCAUUUGGACUACACAGAUACUGAAAAUAUCAUGACAGAAAAGCUCCACAACCAAGUCAAUGGCACAGAAUGGUCUUGGAAAAAUCUGAACACUUUAUGUUGGGCUAUUGGAUCGAUCAGUGGUGCGAUGCAUGAGGAAGAUGAGAAACGCUUUCUAGUUACUGUCAUCAAAGAUCUGUUGGGUUUGUGUGAACAAAAGAGAGGAAAGGACAACAAAGCUAUCAUUGCCUCAAAUAUCAUGUACGUUGUUGGACAGUACCCGCGAUUCUUACGCGCUCAUUGGCGAUUCCUGAAGACUGUUGUGAACAAACUAUUUGAAUUCAUGCAUGAGACUCACGACGGUGUACAGGAUAUGGCUUGCGAUACCUUCAUCAAAAUCUCACAGAAAUGCAGACGUCACUUUGUCCAGGUGCAGGUCGGUGAAGUGAUGCCGUUCAUCGAGGAGAUCUUGAACAGCAUGAACACUAUCAUCUGUGAUCUACAACCUCAACAGGUGCACACGUUCUAUGAAGCCGUUGGACUUAUGAUUAGUACGCAGACAGAUCAGACCGGUCAGGCACUUGUUGGUGACAAAUGUGAUAAGUACAUGGCCCUGCCCAACCAAGUAUGGGAUGACAUCAUUUUGCAAGCAACUAGGAAUGUAUUGGUGCUGAAAGAUCCAGAGGCAGUGAAGCAGUUAGCAAAUAUCCUAAAGACGAAUGUUCGGGCAUGCAAAGCUCUUGGCCACCCCUAUGUCGUUCAGCUUGGCAAAGUCUACUUGGACAUGCUGAAUGUUUACAAAGUGAUGAGCGAGAAUAUCAGUGGUGCUAUCACUGAGCAUGGCGAGAGUGUCACCAAACAGCCACUGAUCAGGAGCAUGAGGACUGUGAAAAAGGAGACACUCAAACUGAUAUCUGGAUGGGUCAGCAAGUCCAAUGAUCCUAAAAUGGUUGCUGAGAACUUUGUGCCACCUCUCUUGGAUGCUGUAUUACUGGAUUACAAGAGAAAUGUGCCUGCUGCUCGAGAACCUGAGGUACUCAGUACCAUGGCUACCAUUGUCAACAGAUUAGAGAAUCACAUUACUGAUGUGGUGCCACAGAUCUUUGAUGCUGUCUUUGAAUGUACGCUGGAUAUGAUCAACAAGGACUUCGAAGAAUAUCCUGAGCACAGAACCAAUUUCUUCUUGUUGCUGCAAGCCGUCAAUUCUCAUUGUUUCCCCGCAUUCUUGAACAUACCUGCGCCACAAUUCAAAUUAGUGCUGGACUCGAUAAUCUGGGCAUUCAAACAUACGAUGAGAAAUGUGGCAGAUACCGGACUAAAUAUCUUAUAUGAACUGCUUCAGAACUUCUCUAGGGAGAGCGAUGCAAAUGCUCAGAAUUUCUACAAAAUAUAUUAUACAGACAUUUUGCAGCAUAUAUUCUCAGUGGUAACGGACAGUUCACACACAGCUGGUCUGACGCUGCAUGCUUCCAUCCUAGCAUACAUGUUCAGUUUAGUGGAGACCAACAAGGUGACAGUGAUCUUGGCCCCCAAUGGUGACACAGCCAAUGUACAGUAUGUUCAAGAAUUCCUUGCCAACCUUCUAAAGACAGCCUUCCCUAACCUCCUCAAGACACAAAUUGACUUGUUCAUCGCAGGCUUAUUCAGUUUCAACCAGAACAUUCCUCAGUUCAAGGAGCACCUUCGGGAUUUCUUAGUUCAGAUCAGGGAGUUCGCUGGUGAUGAGCCAUCAGAUCUGUUCAUUGAGGAACGAGAAGCUGCCAUCCGACAAGCACAAGAAGAAAAGCUAAAGAUACAAAUGUCAGUGCCGGGUAUUUUGGGGCCACACGAGAUCCCAGAAGAAAUGCAGGAUUAGAUGCUAGAAUUCAUCUGAUUGAGGAGUUGGAACUCCUAGCCGUUUUGUUGCGGGUGACGUGCAUAUGGAGAGGUUCUGUUGUGUGCCUCUUAAUCAUCAUUUGGCAUCUGAAUUCCAAGCCUCUUAGUUUAGGGCAGCGGACACGUUAGAUUCUGAUGGGAACAAGUUGCUGAUACAAGUGAACCGUGAUUAUGCUUGUGGCAGAACUUGUUAGAAAUAACAUUGUCCUGGAUGAUCAGCACUCGACACUGGCAUGAAAGAAUGUAAGUGGGAUUAGCAUUAUAAUUAUAAUGUAUGGGAGAUCGGAUUCUGUCCCAUUUAUUUCAGAUCUGUAUAUGCAAUGUACAAUAAAACCAUACUGCCAGAUCUAAUAUAUUGGGAGAGUACUUCAGAAUCCACGGUACGAUGUUGUCAGUCAUCCUGAUGGUUGAUGUAUUGCCGUUUUCCGUGGAAGGUGUCAAAUGUGACCCAGAAUCCUUCCUUGGAAAACCCGCAGUUCUCCAAUUAAAAAAUAUUGGUGUGUUGAUAUGUUAUUUUUGAGUUGUACAGUAAAACUAAUGCAUUUAUUUUGUACUUUGUCUGUGUAUAGUUUCCUUUCUUGCCAUGAUAGGAAUUAACUUGUUCAGUGUUUUGCAAAGGAGUUUUGCCGUAUGAUAUUCAUGGUUGGGUGGCUAAUGUCCAUGAUUAUGUGAAAAGUAAGUAGAUAAUUUAGCCUCUCUGAAUUUGAGAGUUCUUAGGAAAACCAGCCCUAAUUGUCAGUAUUACCACAAAAAAGUUUCAAGGUGGAGCUUGCUUGUACUGUACAAGGUAAUUAUUACCUCGAAUGAGUUUGUGAGUAGAUCUAGCUUGUACUGCACCAAGUAAUUAUUACCACAAAUGAGUUUAAUGUAGAUCUAGUUUGUACUGUACAAGGUAAUUAUUACCACAGAUGAGUUUUCGAGUAGAUCUAGCUUGUACUGCACCAAGUAAUUAUUACCACAAAUGAGUUUAAUGUAGAUCUAGCUUGUACUGAACAAGGUAAUUAUUACCGUCAGCAGGGGAUAAGUUUCAAAGUAGCUAAUAUGUACUGUAUAUAUGUACUGUACUGGGUUCUUUUUGUGAAGAUUAAUCCAACCAUGUGGACAUUAGAUAUUCAGGAUGAGAUAAUCAGCGUUUCUAUGCCUGUUAAGUUUAUUGAAUAGAGAUGUUUGUGAUCCAUUCAUGGAUGAUUUUUUCCCAGUUGUAUAUUGGGAGUUGCUUCUUCAGAUACUGUAAACACAGAAAUUUUCAAGGCCAUUUUAUUUCACAGAUUCAUGGAAUUGCAGCUUUGUGGUACUUUAAGUUGAGUAUUCUGACAACCUUGUAACAGUAUAUUCAAUCAGAUGUUCUUUUUGCGGCCACUAAUUUUCAUGAUUAUCUGUAAACACGAAAAAUAAACGGCACACCAACAUUUUUGGGUUUACAGUAUAUCACUCCUCGAUGAGCAUGUGUUCAUUUGUGAAAUCACAAAAGUGAAGCCAAGUUCAGUAGAGCAGUCCUUUCGUUUUAUCCUUCAACUCUGGUGAAAUAUUCAAGCUCUCAAAACUAAAUUGAUCAAACGUCAAAAUAUUUCUUUCAAUGUCGCCUUGACCAAGAAUUAUGAUACCAUUGAUUGUUCAUCUGAAUAGAAUGUUCUAUUUUAAUACCUCACUCUUACUAGGCUUUGUGACUCUGUGCGUAAAUGGCUGCCUUUGUACCGUUGAAAAUCCUGCUGAACUUGGCUUGGUGUCAAUUCAGUUUGAACUGUUGUAAGCCUCUUAUGCAUGUAUUGCAGAGUCAUUAUAUUUGUAUUCAUACUUGCUGCUUCAUUUUAUUGGCUUUCUCUUCAGAGUUUACUUCAAGGCUAUCCAUUAGGUAUGCCUGCAGAAUCAGUUACAGACAAUUUUUGAUGAUGCACACCAUUUUUAAGUGCAAGGCAGAGGGGAAAGAAAUUGAUUACAGUAGAACCUCUCUAUUAAGGACACCCUCUGGACUGACAAAUGCUGUCCUCGAUAGAGGUGUGCUGAUUACAGAGAUCAAAUUGAAUGGAAACAACCAAUUUGGUAUCAAAACUCGUGUCCUUAAUAGAGAGGUUGUCCUUAAUAUAGAGGUGUCUGCUAAGAGAGGUUCCACUCUAUAUCAUUUUGUGUUCAAACUAAAUGUACAUGUAUGACCUGUUCUUGGUAGAUUGUAUCUGUAAGGUAGAGUGUGCAAGUUUUCAUUUGUCACCUGUUCUAAUUAUUAACAUUUGUCAUUCAGAUAGGUAGUUUGCUUGAAAAUUCAACCAUGCAGAUAUAAUUCACCUUUUGAUUGGAACUCAUGAACUGGAUUUGAGAUUACGUGGUUGUUAUCUCCAAGUCUCUGGUGGGAUUUUUUAAAAUGUUACUAUAAACAAGGCUGACCAAAACGCUGUCAGGAGAAAAACUACCAGAUACUAAUCCAUAACGGCUAUCAUGUAUGUUAUCCGGAUAAGCUCCAGUAAAAGGUUGUCGCUCCAUUGUACAGUAAAGUCUAAUUGGUAUCAUUAGAGCAGUGAGCUGUAACUAACUGAAAAACCUAUUGGAAUUGGAAUGAAAUGAUCAUUUUCUGAUUCAAUAGAGUUGUUUUUAUUAACCUAGUGAGAAGCUGCAUCUGUAAAAUCAUCUUUGUUGUGUUGGAUAAUGUGAAUUUAUGGUACUGGCAGUUGUCAUCAAAGCGAUGAACUUGUUUGGACUUUCAUGAAGGUGCCACGCUCUUUUUUGCCGAAUGUUGAGUCUGGCAAAGAUAUGCGAGUCCUUUCAAUAGUUUCAGACUAAACAGCUUUUUUGAAAUGGGUAAUCAUGUGAAUAGAAACUUGUAAAUGUGUUGUUUUUUUAUAGCUUGUGAAUUUUAUCCAUUAGUCUGUUUUCUUGCGUUCAGUCUGUGGUGGGAUCUGCAUUGUACAAAUGUCAAUCCGUCACUUUGGUGUUCAAAGGACAACUCUCCUGCAGUCCUACCAUAUAACGCUUUUUGAAUUGCUUUGAUUUGAUGGGUAGAAUACAUGUGUAACAACAACCUAAAAGUAGCAAUCUUCAUAGAAUUUCCGGAACUUGAUAUUUUAGUAAAAAUCUUGUGUAUGAGCGUGGAAUUCUAAACACCGUCAAAAUUGGAAAAUUCUACGAUACGAAUCAAUAGACUGUUAAUCCUUAUAGCUUCUCCAAACCAUUUUUACGGCUACGUGCACACAAUUUGAAAAAAAUUGUCACAAUGCAGAAUCAAUCAUCCAUUACUAAUCAUUAUAUCUGAUCAGAGACUUCUAAUAAGACACAGUACAAAACCGUGGCAAUGUUUUAAAGACUGUCUUUAAGGCGUGUCCGAGACCUGUUCUAUAAAUGGAAUGUUAUCCAAAACAGCCGCCUUGAAGGAGAAGGUCUGUCAUGGUUUUGUCCAGGCUGUUGUUUUCAUUAUGAUUGUUGUAUGACUGAACCCAUGUGUCUUAUUGGAUAUAUUUUGUUAGAUUGUGUAAAUUCAUGCACCAUUUUUCAAGAAAAAAGGUUCUCAGUCUUAUAACCUGUGUUCUAGCAGGUCAUAGUGGUGUCCAUUUCAGCAGUAAUAAAAGACAACUGAACGAAA